UAUCAAACGGGAUUAUUCUAUACGGUGGAUACGACACGAAUUAAAACUGAGGGUACUGACGCAGAGUUGGAUGUGUUCGAAACUACAGCGCAUAAAAAUUUUUCUGCCAAUAAUAGUAGUUGUGAUAGCCCAGCCUUCCAGUCAAAUCAGAAUAGUAGGUCUUCUCCUCCUCCUCUUCUUUCAUCACUUCAUCCAUCACUCAAUGGACCUUUGCAUCCUGAGCCUUCUGCUGCCGUGGCGGCUGUCACGGCCACGAUAAGCGUGGCCAAUCCUGUUGCUGCCACGGCCAUACCGACGGCUACGAGUCCAAGGGAGCCAUUGGUCUGUAGUCCUCCUCCACCUGUAUCGGUUGCUUCGUCAAAUUCUGGUGGUAUUUUGCAGCAUUCGCCUCCUUUCUUCCUUCCUUCUCAUAAGGGAGAUCAUUCUGUUAACAGUGCUAAUAGGGAAAAUAGACAACAUCAUCCACCAUCUAGAGUUUUCAAUCAUCCCCCUGUAGUGAAUAAUAAAUUGACGUCAAGGACUCACGAUCAUUUUCUAUCAAACCACACAACUGUGCCAUUGCUGUCAAAUUGUCUAAAUCACACUCCAACAACAGUGACGGUAAACAGUACUCCAAAGCCACCGACUAUUUGUAUCAAUAGUGGUAAAACCACGACGAUUACUGGCACCGAAGUGCCAUCUUUAUACACUCUUCCUCAUCCGACAACACAGCAACAAUAUACUCAGAGGUCGCCGUCACCGUCCAUCCCUUCUGCGGUCGUCGUUACAUCGUCGGUGACACCAUCCUCAUCUGUAACUCCCGUUUCUACUCGUGUAUCUGUUACUAUUACGACUACGACGCCAUUGGGACAUAGAAGUGCAAGUCCUUUGGUUGUGACAACACCUCAUCCAAACACACCUACACCAAACUUGGGCAGGGACAGUCAUAGUGCCCACAGCAAUAGUAGUUUGUCUAGUCUCAGUCAACUGAGUCAAUCAUUCCACAACAGUAACAAAGAGGGUACGAGUGGAAGAAGUCGUAGCAGUUCGCGUAACAACACACCAUCCAUCAGUGUGGCCUCUACCUCAUGCUGUACUUAUAGUGCUGCUACUCUUACUAGUCUCGUUUUCUCCAAACCUCAUUCGUGGGUCAGCUCCGGAACUAGUUCUAUUCUUGCAACUGCCAACGGACCCCAUCCUACCCCACCUCUUCCCCCUCGUCCUACUCCACCAUCGCCCAAUCCCAGUGCACUAUCUCUACCACCAUCUUUACAUAAUAGUCACCAUAGCUCCCCAUUCAGUGCCCACCCAACAUCCCUGCACCCUGGUGCUGCCCAUUCCGGGAUGUUUGCACCCCCUAUCCCACCACCCGGGUCAUUAACAACUUCCAGCCUGUCCCUUGGGGGCAGUGCGGGACCUUCACCGUUUACAGGAGAUUCACUGUUUGCCCAGCCAAAUCAAGAUCUGUUAAGAAGAGAGCUGGACACAAGAUUUUUAGCUUCCCAGGAUCGUACUAUAAAUAUACCUCCCCCACCUUAUUUAAGAUCAGAAAUGCAUCAGCAUCAACACCAUCAUCAUCAUAGCAAUCUUCAUCAACAUGGACCAUUCCUUCCUCCUCCUCUUGGUGGAUCAUUGGUUCCACAAGCAACAACACAUCUGUAUGACAAGUUUGCCAAGCUAGAUUCCUCAUCAUUUUACAGUAGGAAUGCAUUGGGUUUAGCUGGUUAUCCAGGAUUGUCACCCCUAUUAGCUCCCAGUGGUGCAGCUGCAGCUACUACACCUUUUGCACCUCCUGGUCAUUUAGCUGCAUUUCAACCAAAAAUGAAUUCUCUUGUGAAAAGCAAGACUAUGAAAUCAGGAAAAUGGUGUGCAAUGCAUGUUAGAAUAGCCUGGGAAAUCUACCAUCAUCAACAAAAACAACAAGCGGAGGCUCACAAGGCUUCUGGAGCACCAAAUGCAGCGGCUGCAGCAGCUGCUGCUGCAGCUGCCAAAGCUACUACCGAUCUUCUUCGACCUCCCAAUCACCUUUUUUCAUCAUUACCAAGACCUCAUGACUUAUCAACAUUUUCACCAUCAUUACUCGGUGCUACAGGUGUGCCUCCAUUUGCCCGACCUGGUUAUCAUGGAUUUGGAGCUGCAGGAAGCAGUUUUGGAGGUUUAGGAGCUCUGAGUCUAGCUGGAACUAGUAUGUUUGGAAACAGAGACCUAAGUGCUAGCAGUCUUGCUGGAUUAAGUUCUGCAGCUCAAGAUCCGUGGUCUCGUUUACAUAGAGCACCUCCAACAUUUCCGACUCCGGUGGCACCGGGUUCAACUGCACCCUGGGGAGGUUUAAAAGCCGAAGCAGAAAGGGAACGUGAAAGGAUGCAGCGGGAAGAACAAGAAAGAGAAAAAGAACGUGAGAGAGAGAAACAAAGGAAAGGUGAAAUGGAUAAAGAAAGAAGAGAAAAGGAUAGUGAUAAAAUUAAAGAUAUAGGAAGGGAUAAAAGGGAGCAAGAGAGGCAAAAAGAAAGGGAUAGGGAAAAUAGGGUCAUUCACCAUCAUCACCAUCAUCACGUCACCAAUUCUGAAAGUAUACGUAAUGGUGACUUAGUUGAUAGAGGAAGAGAAAGAGAAAAAGAAUGGGAAAAAUCUAGAGAAAGAAGAGAGACUUCGCGCUCUCCUAUUCGUAGUAGUCGAGAACCAUUGCCUGGAAGCCUGAAGAAUGGUAGUGCCUUUGAAUCAAGCAGUAUUGCUCCUACAAAACAGGAAAUUAAAGUAAAAGAAGAACGAAAAGAAGAAGAUAACACAUCAAAUUCUAAUUCAAGGGACUCGGCAGUCAGUGCUAUUAGCUCGGUGCCUUCAGAAAGAGAUAGAACAAGGCCUAGUGAUACCCCUCAGUCUGAAGCCACAGUUGCACCUGCUGAUUUUUCAACUAGGACUACAGUACCACCUCAUUCUUCAACGUUAGGAUUAAAUUCCCUAGACAGAACACAUGUGAUGGGACCACUGGGACUUGGGCCUGAUCGGCCACCUCAUUCUCAGGUUCCUCAUUAUUGGGGUCCUUUUAAUCCGGCAACAACUUCGGCAGCAAUCGCUAGUUCCGGCAGUGAAUUAAGAGACCAUUUUCGAAAUCUAGACUUUCUACAGUCUAGAGAAAUAGAGAGAGAGAGGGAAUUAAUGCAACGAUAUAUUGCAACUACACGAUCCUCCAUGAUGGCACUGCCAACACAUGAACGUUUCAGGGAUGUGGAAUUUAGUCGACAGAUGUCGUCGGUUUCUGUAUCAAAUAAUGAUCCUUCUGUAAGAGAUUUAGAACGUCAGAGGCAAUUAGAUAGGGAAAGACAAGCAGUUGCCUUUGAUAGGGCAAAACUGCUUCCACCACCUUUAAGGCCUACAGAUCCCCCAUACGGUCAUGGACCUGGAAUCCCUUCAGUUACUGUAGCAAGUAGUAUAUUUCCAUCUCUUGCAACAUCCAAUCCUUAUCUGAAUAGUCUGUGUGCUUCUAGUUCUAAUCCUGGAAAUACCAAGUCAAAAAGUGGGACAACUCCAGGAAAUGGUAUCCCACCACCUCUUAUACCAUGCAGUGUUCCUGUUAGUGUUGGUAGUGGUGGUGGAACUGUGGUUGUGCAAAAUCAUACGGGACAACAUAGCAGAGGUUCAUCACCUCUUCUACAUAAAUUAGGUGCUGGUUCUGGCACAAUUUUGGAAAACUCCCAUGAACCAUUCCACACUAAGGACAGACGGGAACUUCCAGCUGAACUAAAUUCCCAAUCCAGGUAACGUCCGAACUGACUCGUGUUGUGUAUAUUCUCUUCUAUUGUAAUAUAUAUACUGUGUUAUAUAUAUUAGUUGCCUCCUUGAUGGAGUGAAUGAAAUUGACAUUUCCUACAUUGUUUGUUGUACACGCAAACCAGCGUGAAGUGAUUGUCUUGUCUUUCUCAUGCACAUAUCCUCCUCCCCGCUGAAGUCCCAUGCUGACGAAACGACGAAUUUGUGCCUCUUCAACUGGCUGUGUUUGUAGAUGCUAUGUGCACAUCACUCAGAACAUAAAAAAUCAGCACCACCCUAACCUUUCUACAAUGCUAUAGACACAAAAACAAAAAAACAAAACAGUCAUUUUAUUAGAAAUACUAGUGAUUGCACGUCUUUCAUUGGUGGUUGUACAGCAACAAGUAGACUGAGAAGAAAGUAUUAUUUGUCUGUCAAUGUACUUCUAGUGGCAACACCAAAUGUUAUGGAUUUAUAUGCUGCAUUCAAGACUUGCACUUUUUGCAUAUUUAUUGUAGAUGACAAGCUGUCUGUCUGCAGUAUUGAGCCAUUUUAUUUGGUUUACAAUUGCCAAGCAGAAUCUGCUCAGAUAUGAUCUUGCAUUUUAGACUUCUUCAUUGGAUUUGUGAUGGUACUGAUACAGUAUUUCACCAAAUCAGAUCUUUGGUGUAAAAAUCUAAUAUCUGUAGUCAAAACAAAAUUGCACGCAAUAGUUUACAACAGAUUUCCUAACAGAUAUUGUAAGAUAUGUGAACAGGGAAAUACAAAAUGUUUUUCAAAGUUUGUUUAUCAAUCUUUCCUUUGCCACAAUUAACAGCCUAUGUAAAUGGACGAAAAAAUGUUUGUCAUCAUGGUAAAACUGGGAGGGGGGAGCUGAUUAUUGUUAAAUCAUAUACAUCAUCCCUCAUUCUUGCUGCAUUUGAACCAACCAUCCACAAAUUUGUGUCUUUUGGCUAUAUUGCAGUAUCAACUGCCUAAUUAAAAGACACUUUUUGUUUCAUAGGGGGAGAACCACAUUUAGAACUCAAGCCAAUUGUGUACCAUUUUAGCCCUGCCUGUAUGUGCUGUAUGUACAUUGAAUUUUAUUUAUAAAAGAGAACAGAUUUUAUAGGA